AUGAACGGUGACGAGGCUCCACUGAGCGCAUCUACGGAUAAUGCUGUCAUUGAUAGUGCAGUCGAAUUGCCUGAGGGUAUCAAGCUUGGGAAACCAGUGGACGAGCCUGUCGAGAAUGGGUUUGCUACUAAUGGUGUUGAGCCCAAGGAAGAGGAUCCUGUUGCUCCGGAGGAGCCUGCAGCUACUGAUGCGAAUGGCAAUGAGCCGCACACUGGAGCUGAAGAUGUGGCAGAAGUUGCUGCAGAGCCUGUCCUAGAGGAGAUGACGGUUGAGGGAAUUCCUCUCGAUGCUCAGGCAGAUACAGAGAAAGAAGAAGGUGCCGCAGCUCCUGCAGAGGCGGAGCCUACCGCAGAAUCUGAGCAGCCUCCUGCUGAGGCUGUAGUGGUGGAGCCUGCCACUGAAACUGAGCAGCCGCCAGCUGACGAGGUAGCAGUGGAACCCAAGACUCCCCUUGCUUCUGAAGCAGUGGAAGCUCCCGAACCUGCACCAGUUACAGAAAAUCAGGUGCCUACUGAGGCUCUCGCAGAGCCACAUGGAGAGUCUGUGGCCCUCGCUGAGGAUGCUCCUGCAGAGGAGGAAUCAGUACUGGAAGCCUCCGAGCCAGCACCCAUCACGGAAGAGGGCAUUCCUGCUGAAGACAUUUCUGCCAGCGCAAUAGAAGAGUCUAUGGUCCCCGCUGAAGGGGCGCCUACACAGGAGGAGUCAGUAAUGGAAGCUCCAGAGCCCACGCACAUCACUGAAGAGGGCGUACCUACCGAAGAAGUUUCCACUGAGGCAGCUGAAGAGGCUGUAGCGCCUACUAAGGAAGCUUCUACACAGGACGAAUCAGUAGUAGAAGCUCCCGAGCCUGCAUCCGUCACUGAAGAGGGCGUACCUGUUGGAGACGUUGUCGUCGAGGCAGUUGAAGAGGCAGCACCCGCCGAAGACACUUCUGCUCAACAAGAAUCUGCAGUAGAGACUCCCGAGCCUGUGCCAGUCAUCGAAGAGGGUGUACCUACUGAGGAAGCUUCCAAAGAGCCAUAUGAAGAGCCUGUGGUGCCCGCCGAAGACAUCGCCGCCCAGAAGGAAUCAGUAGUAGAGGCUCCUGAGCCUGCUCCAGUCACUGAAGAGGGUGUGCCCAUCGAAGAAGCUCUUGCAAAGCCAGCCGAGGAGUCUGCUGCCCCCACCAAAGACAUCCCUGUACACGAGGAACAGGAAGUUGUAUCAGAUGCUGAAGAGAACGUCCCUGCAGCUGCAGAAGAGGCUGUCCAAGAUGAGACGCCCGAUGUGUCCACGGGAGGUCCCCUCGAGGAGCCUGUCGAAGUGGCCAGCGAGGAAGCGACCGCUGAGACACCUGUUGCCCAGGAAGCCCAGGCGGAGGAGGUGCCUGCUCCUGCUAUCAACGAAGAACCCGCUGCUGCAGCAGAGGAUACAACUCCUGUAGAACUUCCCAUUGAAGAGGUGCCUGAACCUGCUCCCUUGACUGAGGAGGGCGUCCCUCUACCAGCUGAAGAGGGGUCGGAGGAUAUCCCCACCGCUACUGAAGCUACUGAAGGAGAAUCAGCUGCAACCUCCGCUGCCGACGAGGCCAUAGAACCUGAUACUGACGCCGUCCUGACUGAGGAAGCACCUGAACCAGCUGCCAUUACUGAGGAAGGUGUGCCCGCACAGGUAGAAGAAGUAGAGGUGGCGUCAGAGCCCGUUACUGCUGAUGCAGAGCCUGCUACUCAAGAUACGCCUGAGCCUGAUACGGCCGCAGAGGAGGGCGUGCCAGCUCCAGCAGAUGAACUUCUGGAGGAGACUUCUGCUGCAGAAGCAGAACUGCUGGCUGAGCCCGCCAGUACUGAUGCUAUGAAGUCUACGACCGAGAGUGCACCCGCGGUGGAACCUGCCCGGAUUACUGAGGAGGGAGUACCCGUACCCAUUGAAGAGCCCACCGAAGAUGUCCCCGCUGAAGACCCUACGGUUAUUGAUGCUGCGCCUGAGCCCGAGCCAGUUGAAACGGCAGAUGCUACUGCCAACGAGGAGCCUGCGGCUGAAGUGACUGAAGAUGCGCAGGUGGACCCAGUAACAGAAGGCGUUCCUGAAGCUUCCACUGUGACAGAGGAAGGUGUGCCUGUUGAGGCGGAGGUAGCCCUUGCGGACGCCAUGCCAGAAACCGAAGAGACCGCUGCGACAUUGGAGGACACGGCUGAACAAGAAGCUGAAGAAAUGAGCGAAGAAGUGCCACAGGAGGAUGCAACUCCUGAGGUAUCGGAGCCUAACACUGCUUCUGAAGUAAUACCGGAGGACGGGCAACAUGCUCCUGCUGUUGGACAGGCGACCAUUAUACCUGUCCUGGACGAGACGACAGCAGAUGUCACGGCAGAAACUCUAAUUACCCCUGCAGAGGAACUGGAAGUCGAGCCUAGUGUUGAGCAAGAAAAUGUUGCUCCAGCUGCGGACGAGUCUACCAUCGUUCCUGUCUUGGAUGAAAGCUCCGCCAUUGAAAGCGCUGUCACUACGAAAAGUGAGGAAACUCCUGGCACCAUUCACCAGGAGUACAAGAUUAUAUCGACAGAUGCUGGAGCGUGGGGUGUUGCGGAGGAUGUUGUAAUCCCGGCUCCUGAUGCCCCGGCUGAAGAUGUGCCUCCGAUCGAGGAGACCGACACGGGUGUACAGGAAGCUCUCGCAGAGGAACCUGCAAUGAAGGAAGAGACCGCGCCUGAAACGGAAGUCGUAGCAGAAAUUGCGGAAGAAAUGUCUGCCCCUGCGGAUCUCUCAAUGUCAGACGAACCUCUUGCAAAUGAAGCCCCGUUGGAAGAGUCAGUAGUCGCUGAAGACAAACCUGUGGCGGAACAAGUCGCGAUUGACACCCCAGAGUCUACUGCCUAUGCUACUGAGCUUGCUGCCGUGGCUGAGUAUACCGAUGACACUGAACCUACCAUCGCAGCACAGUCUCUGCCUGAUGCCGAAUCUUCCACGGAGACCGUUGCUGAAGUUGAAGCGGCCGGAUCCAUGGUCGAAACCCUGCCCAUUGCGGAGACUGAGGCUGUACCUGAAGUGGAGGCUGCAUUACCAGAAGCGGAGGCUGCAUUACCAGAAGCAGACACACCUGAGUCCACUGCUGAGCUAAAAUCCUCAGCUUCAGCGCCAUUAGAGACGCCUGUCAUCCAGAUUGAUGGUUCCUCUUCCGAGGAUGAUGCUGCCUCGACUGUUCUCGAAGCCGCGAGGGAAUCGGAAGGGGAGCAUCCAAAGUCUCCUUGGACCCCCUCAUAUAGCGUCAGUAUUCAGGGUGGGACGGCCUCUGGCAUAAGUAAUGCUGAGGAAUUAUCUGAACUCUCACAGCUACCGCCUCCUGCAAAUUUACAGCCCAGUACUGAGGAAACUGUUCAGCCAGAGCCACAAAUUACUGUCAGUGAAGCUGCUGAUGUCGUCACUGCUGACCAGAUACCGGAUGUGCCGGAUGUGCUCGAAGGAAAGGAGGUGUACCCUCACGCUUUGUCUCCUGUGAAUGAUGAAGCUCAAGAUGAGAGACCCAAAUCUCCGUGGACACCCUCGUAUUCCGUGACAACUGUUGGGUCUGGACUGAAAGAGUCAGACAUCGUUGCCCAGGAGCAGGAAAUCGAGCAGCUGGAACAACUUCCUCCCGCAGCGGAACCCGAUGUCUCCGCGGACGUCCCCUAG